AUGGCUAGUCUGUUAAGAGGCGCAGCAUUCAUCACUGGAGCUGGUUCAGGAAUUGGUCAAUACACAGCCUAUGCCCUUGCCAGCCAUGGGGUUCGGCAACUUGCUCUUUGUGACAUCCGUCCAGAAGUUCUCGAAGAUACCAGCAGUGAGCUACGCAAGAGACAUGGCGACGACGUCCAGAUUCUCAACCUCGAGAUGGACACGUCCAAGGAAGACUCCGUGAACUCUGCACUUAACGACACUAUCAAGACCUUCUCUCGCCUAGACAUCGCAGUCAACAAUGCUGGCAUUGGGGGGACGCCAAAGCCCACGGCGGAGAGUGACUUCGAUGACUGGCAGAGAGUAAUGUCGGUAAACCUUCACGGAGUCUGGUUGUGCCAAAGAGCGCAGAUUCGACAGAUGCUGAAACAAGAGCCACUUCUCCCUCCGCCUAGAGGUGGCAGGGGCGUCAUCGUCAACGUUGCCUCUAUGCUCGGACUAGUAGCUUCGUCACCCAAAACUCCAGCUUGUGCAUACACGGCGUCGAAGCAUGGAGUGGUUGGUCUCACGAGGACUGAUGGCGUGACCUAUGCAUCACAAGGCAUCCGCAUAAACGCCAUGUGCCCAGGCUAUGUUGCUACUCCUCUUCUUAAAUCUGCCACAGCGAGCGGCGUGAUGGCAGCUGAGAUAGCGAAAGUGCCGCAGGGCCGGUUGGGCGACAUGGAGGAGAUUGCAGAUUCGAUCGUGUAUCUGGUAAGCCCAAUGUCGAGUUUUAUGACUGGGGCGACUCUGGCUGUUGAUGGUGGUUAUACUGCCCAGUGA